GGGGGCCAGCCCGCGGUGGUCGUCCCGCAUCAGCGUGAAGCUGCCGCUGACGUUCCCGGAGGAGAGGCGCUGGUGGGCCGCGGCGUGGUGGUGCGAAUGCGGAUGGUGAAACUUCUCUGACACGGUGGAGAUGGGAGGUGUCCCGACAACGAAGAUGGAUCGGGCCGGUAGUCUCCGCUGGAGCUCUCCAGGAUAGAAGUCAUGCCGGAGACCAUCGCGGAGCGCGCGCCGGGGGCGUGCGACACCAGAUUCCGGGAAGCGGCGCUGGGGGAAGGCGACGGCCGCGAGCUCAUCAGGUUCCCCACCUGGGAGUGCGAGGAGAUGCUGUGGAGGUUUUCCAUGGUUUUAUUUCAUGAGGAUGCAAAUGGCACAGAUUCAUUGAACUGGCCCAUCUGUGGAGAGCCAACGGUGGAACUUCUCGUGUCGCAAAUCUCAGCCCGAUGGGAGAAUUGAUGGCUAACCUCGAUGUUGUAAAUCUACAAAAUAUCUACUGGAAGGAAUCAGAACUGGCGAAAUCGGUGUUAAAAAGGACUUGGGGAAACUCUUCGCAACUCGACCCGCACGGCGUGGAUUCUUUCAACUGGGCUGGAGCCGACAGCUGUCAUCGGAACAAAGUGGGCACCAACUGGAGCGAGGCAGUCGAACCGAGCAACGGCACGGAUCGAUGCGUGGAUGGAUGGCUCUUCAGCACCGAGAGGUACACCAUCGUGUCUGAGUGGGAGCUGGUGUGUGAAAAUGCAUGGAAGGUUCCCUUCUCUACUUCUGCGUACUUUGCCGGAGUCCUGCUUGGAUCCCUCUUCGGUGGUCAACUCUCAGACCGGUUUGGGAGAAAGCGAGUGCUUUUUUUCGCCAUUGGCUUACAGUCCGUCAUCGCCUUGAUCCAGGCCACCUCUGUCAACUGGCUCAUGUUCUGCACUUUUAACUGCCUGAGAGGAGUGGGCCAUUCUUCCACCUACAUGGCAUCACUGGUUCUGGGGUCUGAGAUGCUGUGUGAGUCUGCCAGAUUACGUUUCUCUACACUGGGCCUUACUCUUACUUUUAGCAUCGGCUAUGCCCUGUUGCCACUCUUUGCCUACUUCAUUCGAGGCUGGAGGCUUUUGCUGGUUGCUAGCGCUGUCCCAGGCCUUCUCUACAUCGCUACUUGGAGGCUGAUUCCGGAGUCACCUCGCUGGCUUUUACAGAGAGGGCGAGUGAAGGAGGCUGACGCGAUCGUGCGGCAAGCUGCCAAAAUGAACAGAAUCCCGGCACCAGGCAUCAUAUUUAAGCCUUCUGAAGGCUUGGUAUUGGUACAAAAACCAGUUGAGGAUAAGCGGAUCUAUACAUUUAUGGACCUGAUAAGCACUGCUAACCUGAGGAACAUUACAGGUCUUGGCUUUUUCAUAUGGUGGACGAUCACCAUGAUGUUUUUUGGGCUCUCUCUCAAUACAAGUAACCUGAAAGGAAACAUUUACCUUAACUCCCUCGUUUCGGCAGCCACUGAAGCGGUGGCAAAUGUUUCCACUUGGUUCUUGAUCAACAGAGUUCCGCGGCCCACGCUGUUGUUCUUCACGCUGGUAUUCUCUGGAAUAACGCUCCUCGUGGUUAAACUUGUCCCGGAGGGUUUGUGUUUCAGAUUAAUGCUGAUAAUGCUUUCUACCGUACAAUAUUGUUUGAAAACCCGCUGUUGUUUGUUCCUCUGUUUUUCUUUUACAGACAUGGAUGCCACAUUUCAGGUUUUGGUUAUUUUAGGGAAGCUGGGUGUGUCUGUGGCUUACAGUUUUAUCUACGUAUUUUUCACCGAGCUGUACCCCACCGUGGUCAGGAACACAGGCUUGGGAGUUUUGUCCACAGCUGGACGCUUGGGCACCAUCAUCUCCCCUUAUGUCAUCUACAUAGGGAUUUACAGCAACAUACUCCCUUAUAUCAUUUUUGGUUCAUUCAGCAUCGUAGCUGCUAUUUUUAGUAUCUUGCUCCCAGACACGAGAAACUGCAAAUUUCCCGAUCUCAUCAGUGAAACCAAACCUAUUCAAAGGUACAUUGCUGUCUUUGUUGUACAACAAUAUAUGAACGGUGAUUAACAGAAAUAUAUGUCUCCUCCUGA